UGUUCUUCAUUCUGUGGGUUAGCGAUGGCCAGACUGAGAGAGGCAGACAGAGCUCAGCAACAACAGCAGCAGCAGCAGCAACAACAGCAGCAGCAGCCGCCCCAGCACCAGCUAAAGCCCAUGAACGGAGCUGAUCUCCAGCACAACCACAGCCAGAUGAAGGACCACGACGCCAUUAAGCUGUUCAUUGGCCAGAUCCCACGGAACCUGGAGGAGAAUGAUCUGAAGCCCCUCUUUGAGGAAUUUGGGAAGAUAUACGAGUUAACUGUGUUGAAGGACCGAUUCACAGGCAUGCACAAAGGCUGUGCUUUCCUUACAUACUGCGCAAGAGAAUCUGCUAUCAAGGCACAGAAUGCAUUACAUGAACAGAAGACGCUGCCUGGGAUGAAUCGACCCAUUCAGGUGAAGCCUGCGGACAGCGAGAGUCGUGGAGGUUCAAACCACAGGUCCAUUUGGCAGGAGAUUAUUGGGAGCACCAGCGUGUUACAGGACAUAGACAGAAAAUUAUUUGUAGGCAUGUUAAACAAGCAGCAAACAGAAGAUGACGUGUACAGGCUCUUUGAAUCUUUUGGCGUCAUAGAGGAAUGCACAGUUCUACGAGGACCAGACGGGAACAGUAAAGGUUGCGCAUUUGUGAAGUUCUCCACACACACUGAAGCCCAGGCAGCCAUUAACGCACUACACGGCAGUCAGACAAUGGCGGGUGCGUCCUCCAGCCUCGUGGUGAAGUUUGCGGACACAGACAAGGAACGCACAUUGCGACGCAUGCAGCACAUGGUGGGCCAGUUCGGGAUGUUCAACCCGAUACCCCUCCACUUUAACAACACCUACAGCUCUUACGCUCACGCGCUGAUGCAGCAACAAGCAGCCAUCAUGGCAGCCAGCACGCACACCGGAUACUUAAACCCAACCGCCGCCUUUCCAGCGGCACAGAUGCACCACAUGGCAGCCAUCAACCUGAAUGGACUGGCAGCGGCACCUCUGACGCCCACAUCAGGGUUGUCCUCUCCCCCAGGAAUUGCAGCUCCUGCUGUGCCUAGUAUUGUGUCUCCGAUCGGGGUGAAUGGCUACACUGGACUAUCUGCCCAGCCCAAUGGACACCCUGCGGUGGAGGCCGUCUACACCAAUGGAAUUCACCCGUACCCAGCUCAAAGUCCUUCUGCAGCUGAUGCCUUGCAGCAGGCUUUCACAGGGGUGCAACAAUACACAGCCAUGUAUCCGACAGCGAUUGCCCAGAUCAGCCAAGCGUUUCCUCAGCCACCGCCUGUCGUAACACAGCAAAGGGAAGGACCAGAAGGCUGCAAUCUUUUCAUUUACCACCUCCCGCAGGAGUUUGGAGACAGUGAGCUCAUGCAGAUGUUUCUGCCCUUUGGGUCCGUGAUCUCAUCAAAGGUUUUCAUGGACCGCGCCACCAAUCAGAGUAAAUGUUUUGGUUUUGUGAGUUUUGAUAACCCCACUAGUGCCCAGGCCGCCAUCCAGGCCAUGAACGGUUUUCAGAUUGGCAUGAAGAGGUUAAAAGUCCAGCUAAAACGGCCAAAGGACACCAGUCGCCCAUACUGACCGACUGUGAUUCAGGGCAUGAAUUUCUGAUUUUCUAGGGCAGAGAUGGUGAGGAAUAUGAGCGCGUACCUUUUGAGAUGGCUGUUUCUGAGUUACCAGUGCAGAGAGGGAGAGAUAACAGAAAUACAAACUUCAAGAAAACAUUUAAAGAACCCUGAAAAUGUGAAAAUUCAUUGCAGCUAUUCAAGAAGGCUCAAUCGAUCUUACAAUAGCAACAACACAUGAUGAAGAUGUGACGUAAUACGACGUAGGGAAGGACAGCUGUCUUAAAGGUUGCAGAGGAAGCUGCUUUGGCGCAGUUCUGUGUCAUCGAGCACACAGCCAGAUCUCCUAGGUGAUAGUUGCCAUGGCUGAGGGUUUCUGUGUGCGUGUUAGUGUGUGUGCGUGCAUGUGAGAGUGCGUGAGCAAACAAACGUUUGUGUGUGUGUGUGUGUGUGUGUGUCUGAGUGUGUGGCUUGUGUGAAUCCAUAUGAUUGACAUGGUACCGCAGAACGUAUUGAAACUUUAGCUCUUAGACAUUCAGGGACCAAAUGGACCAAACAGAUUUUUUAAAGUUUAUUAUUGCGGCCUGUAUAUGUAAUAUACAAGUUCAGCUUUCCUUAUCUAAUCUUGAGAGUUGAAACAUGGGUGAAAAAUAAGAGCUAAACUGUUUUAAACAAAAACAAAUCAAUGCUUCAGUGGUCUUAGAAUAGUAUUAUACACUGGGAAAUUUAAACAAGGAGCAAAAUAUAGUGGAAGCUUUCCAGGGGUUAGUUUUAAGAAGAAAACAAAGACUAAAAUGUACCUUACACCUCAUGUCCUUCUUAGGAGAUGUGAUAGUACUGCAUGCAAAUGUGACCGAAAAUAUUAUACAUAUAGAUAUUCUGCUCCUUAUAUUUCUGAAGAGGUUGCUUUAAAAGGGAGAGAAAGAAAUUGAAGCCUGCUUGCUUUUUCACAGUGAAGGUGGGCUUUGUUUGACCAUUUGAGGACUUUUUAAUUGCCGCAUUGAUGAAUUGAGUUGCCUCGUCUGACAGCUUUGUUCAACGGGUAAGCCUGGAAGAAUGUUGCUCUGAAAUCUGUGUUUUAAAGGGGAAAAAAAGUGUCAAAAAAGCAAAAAUCCUUGUAGUGUAGCUUUCCUUAAAAAUUACAUUGUAAAUAAUCCCUGGAAUAACAGCACAUUGUUUCUGAUAACUGGCGAGGGUCUUUAUAUAAAUCCUCAGGCGUUAAGAUGUUUAUAUAUUACCAAAAGGCGGAGGAGGAUUUGGUCAGGGAACAUUGGCACAGUGUCACAUUGCCAGGAGCUCAUUGCGUGAGGUGGGAUUCACAGCUGCCCAAGUGUUGACUGCAGAGCCUCAUAAGGUCAAUCUCUGGCCCAUGUUUGGCACUGCUGAGGGUUCUACCCUUGUCUGACCUGUGGAAAAUUCCUUUCCCUCCUGCCCUUCAUCUCUAAGUUCCCUAUUAUAAGUUUGUUUGUGGCUUUUGUGUCCCUUCUCCACAACUCUACCCCAGCCCAGUUAAUCAGCUAAUAGCACAAAGUCACCCUUAAUUUCAAACUAAUUAUUAGUGAAAGACAAGACAAUGUUCUUUUUGUACAUUUCACAAAUCUGGGAUUCCCAAGUUGUUUUUGUACUUAAUCGUACUGAAUCCCCUUCAAAAUGCAGCAGCCAGAUUGUUUGGCAGACUCCCACAGAAAUAGUUCAUCUGCUUGAGCUGUUGACAGAGGGGUUAAUUUUGGCUUGAGCAACAGAACUGCCUUCCCACCUCCUUCAGAAUGGUGCGCAGGUUUCAGUUCAACAAGUCAUUCAUGUUAACCACUCUCUCAGUAUGGCACUGGGCAUUUUGUUGUCUCAUCCCCAAAGCUGGACUUCAACCCUGAGCCCCUCUGGAGGUGGGAGUGCAGCUCACAAAUCCAUAUCUGAUAUCUCCUUCCAGUAAAUUAUUUUCCCUCUCUUCCUUUUUUUUUCUCUUCCUCUCCCCCUUUCCUGUUUUUCUGUUCCCCACUCUGGCCCCUUACCUCUUCUCCUCCCCUGCCUAACUCCUCUCCCUGGUGCCCCUCCUUCUUUCCUUUCUCCCAUGGUCCACUCUCCUUUACUAUCAGAUGCCUUCUUCUCCAGCCGUUUAUCUUUCUCUCCCACCUGGCUUCUCCUCCUUCCCCUCCCCCCAUCUUUUUAUUCCGGCAUCUUCUACCUUCUGUUCCAGUCCCGGUGAAGGGUCUCGGCCCAAGACCUCGAAUGUUUAUUCACUUCCAUAGAUGCUGCCUAACCUGCUGAGUUCCUUCAGGAUUUUAUGUGUGUUGUUCCCACUGUUGCCAGUUUGAUAAUUCAGAGGCAGUUCGGUACGAGAGCUGUUCUGAAUCCUUUUAAACUAAAAUGCACCGAUCAAUACCAUAGCCAGUGAGUAGGAGGUGGGGCAAGGGCACAUAACCACAGCUGGCAAAGCCAGUUUAUUCGGAAAACACUCUGAAGUGCAGAAUGAGCAGAACCUGCGGCAGCUUCUCCAAGUAAAAACUUGGUAAUUUCUCCAGAAAAAUGCCAUUUGGUGGAUAAUUACCGAUAAAGUAUUUGCAUUGUUAAUCUCAGUCACCUACUGCAGAGUGAUCACGAUGUUUAAUUCAUAGGGAAAUUACCCCGUUUUCUCCACUCUGCUUGACUGUAGUGUUUUCACCAUUUUUUAUUUUCCCAUAUUCUUGCAUCUCCACUUACUACAUGCUAAGGGUGUUGCCAUCACUGGCAAAGACAGCAAUUCAUGCCGACCUCUAACUGCCCUUGGAGGAUCGCCCCAGUCCUUGUCCUAAAGGUACUCCUAUAAUGUAUCAGAUUCUUCACAAACAACCCCAGUCACUGAAUAUGUGAGACAUGGCCUGCAAAUUCAAUUUACAAUUUUUAUCCUUGUUUUGAUUCACCCAUGACAACGCCUCUCUCUCAAACCUCCCCCCUCCGCUUAAUUUUAUUUAGAUACAGCACGGUAACAAACCCUUCCAGACCAACCAGCUCAC